UAUGCUCCUCCAGCACAAUCCCAUUAACAGCAAAUCAGAAUACGCACAGUGCUAGAGGACUGCGAACAUCUGGCGACUACACUUGGAUCCAGUACAACAAGUUGGUCAUUCUGCCAUUGCUUUAUUCCAAGGAAAUGAAGCUCCGAACAUCUACAACUCCUCUCCGAGUCCCCCAUAAAGCCCGUUCACGCUGCGAUGUACAGGGCUUCAGAUACUUCGCCAGUCAAGCACAAACGCCCCUACAAAGAUCUUCAAGAGACCUCACUGCUAGGCGGAGCACGAGUGUGCAGCCAUACGCACCGCGAGGAAUCCAUCCAUCAUGGCGCCGCUCACCGCUUUCCCCAUCCCAAUCUCAAUCCCGCCACCUCUCAUCAGCAAUGUCCUCGACACCACGGGCCUUGGUCAACGACAUGGCCAACCAAGAAGUCCUGAUCGACUUCAACGGGACCGCCAUGCGCUAUCCAUCUUUCUGGCUGCGUGACCACUGCCCCUGCGCCGAAUGCCAACAUCCCAGCACCCACCAGCGCCAACUCGAUACAUUUACCAUCGACCCGGAAAUCAAAGUGUCCAACAUCGAAACGACGCCCGACGGUCUUCAAAUCACCUGGCCAGCGCCAGCCCAACACACCAGCCUAUACUCCUGGUCUUGGCUCGAGACGCACCCACCAUUCACCCAAUUCAAGCCCUCCUCAAAUACCACCAGCCGUGGCAACACGCCAUCCCGCCGCUGGACCGCUACCACUCCCUCCGACCCCGUCCCGCGCGUCCCUUACGAGGCCAUCAUGUCCACUUCUUCUGAUGAGACGACGACAGGCUCGGGUGCAGGUCUGAAAUCCUUCCUCUCCGCCAUCCACACAUCAGGCCUAUGCUUCAUCCCGUCCACGCCGUCCGACCCCUCCGCAACCCAAUCACUCAUAGAACGCAUCUCGCACAUCCGCGCCACCCACUACGGCGGCUUCUGGGACUUCACCAGCGAAGUCAACCCCAUAGACACCGCAUACACAAACGACCCGCUCCCUCCCCACACCGACACAACCUACUUCACCGACCCAGCGGGCCUGCAACUCUUCCACCUCCUCUCACACACCUCGCUUGCCAAUCCCACUGAACCGGGACAAGGAGGUGAAUCCACAUUCGUCGACGGCUUCGCGGCCGCCUCGUACCUGUACACCCAUCAUCCGCAACACUACCGGUCUCUGGCAACCUACCCCGUCACGUCCGCCGCGCUCGGCGCCCCCGAAGGCUCCUUCUUCAACACUGCAUCCAGCCUGCAGGGCUACCCUGUUCUCAACCACUCUUCGCCAAACCCGUCCAUCACCUCUCCAUCCCCCUCGACACUCGUGCAGAUCCGCUGGAACAACCUCGACCGCAUGGCGCCGAGCACGCCGAGUUUCCCCAACCACACGGCGCUAAAGAAUUGGUAUGCCGCAGCCCGCGAGUGGGCCAGGAUCCUGGAAAGUCCGGAGUUCUUGAUCACAGUGAAGCUGCAGCCUGGUGAGCCGGUGAUUUUCGAUAAUUGGCGCGUCCUGCAUGGCCGACUGGGCUUCGAGGGCAAGCGCAGGGUUUGUGGGGCAUAUGUUGGUAUGGAUGAUUUCAGAGCGAGAUGCAGGAGUUUGGGCAUCGAGGCGUAGCAGUUUAUAACAGAAACGUGGCAACUUCAGCUCAUCAUGACGAAACGGUGUUCAUCAGUGAUCAAGUAAUUAGCCUACUGCUCGGAUCAGUGUUCCACAAGUCUAGUCAUCUUAAAAAAGUAUCGUGUUAGAAGUCGGAUGACACUUGGUUGUCCAGAAGCUCGGCAUGUAAGGGUUGCAUCGCAGGGAUUCUUACAUCCUUGAAUCGAACGAGGCUGAUGGAGGGUUGUUGUGAUUUGGAAGCU